AUGAAAGCGCUCGUGUAUGCAGCGAAAGGUCAACCUAGGCUGGAAGAUCGACCCAAACCCACCAUCCUCAAACCCACCGAUGCUAUCGUGAAGAUGGUUAAAACUACCAUCUGUGGCACGGACCUGCACAUUUUCAAAGGAGAUGUAGCGACUUGCGACACUGGCAGAAUCCUCGGACACGAAGGCGUCGCUGUCGUUGAGCAAAUCGGCGAUAAUGUGUGCCUUUUUAAGCCAGGCGACAAAGUAAUCGUCUCCUGUAUAACUUCAUGCACAACCUGCGCAAACUGCCGCCGAGGCAUGCCUUCCCACUGUACCAACGGAGGAUGGGCUCUUGGCAACACCAUCGACGGUACCCAAGCAGAGUACGCACGUAUUCCCCAUGCAGAUGGUUCACUUCACCUGGCAGUCGAGAGCGCAAGCGACAAUGCGCAGCUGAUGCUCAGCGAUACUGUCCCGACCGGCUACGAAUGUGGAGUUUUGCAAGGCAAAAUUAAGCUCGGCUCGACUGUAGCCAUAGUUGGAAGUGGACCAGUCGGUCUCGGCGCAUUGAUUACCAGCCAGCUGUACUCUCCUCUCCAAAUUAUCAUGAUCGACUUGAACGAGAAAAGACUUGCCACCGCUCGAUCUUUGGGUGCCACUCACACCGUCGUCUCAGGACCUAAUGUUGUCGAACAGGUCAUGAAAAUUACGGGUGGUCGCGGUGUGGAUGCAGCCCUCGAAGCAGUGGGUAUCCCCGCUACCUUUGAGCUUUGUCAAAAACUUGUUGCAGUAGGGGGAACAAUUGCGAAUUUGGGUGUGCAUGGAACAAAAGUUGAUUUGCACCUGGAGACACUGUGGGACAAAAACAUCACGAUCACCACUCGACUCGUCGACGCUUCGUCUACCCCCAUGUUGAUUAAGCUGGUCGAAUCCGGAAAGAUUCUACCUGAAAAGUUUGCUACGCACACUUUUGCCUUCAAAGAUAUUGAAAAGGCAUACAGUAUCUUUGGUGCUGCAGAAGCUCACGACUGUUUGAAGGUAGUCAUCGAAUUUUGA